UCGCAGCCCCCGGAGAACAGCUCCGGGUGGGGCGUGGGCUCUGCUCCUCCAGCGCGGUGUGGGCGCCGGCAGCGGAGCUCUGGGGCUCACUGGGGUGCCCCACGCCUCCCCGGCUGCGUUGCCCCAGACUGGCUCCUCCUUCUCCUGGCGUGGGGCUCGUGCCCGCCACUGCCUGCGCGCAUCGUGCCUCCGCGCCCCCACCGCCGGCUCCUGCCAUCGCUACUCCCUCCUCCUCUUCCUCCUCCUCCGCCCAUCACCGCCACUACGGACGCCUUCGCCGCCUACUCCUCGCGCGGCCGCGGCUCCUCGCGCUCUGUUCCAGCUUCCACCAGCCCAUCCCUUUGCUGCCUGCUCUUUAGGCUGCUGCAGUCUCUCUCUGUCUCUGUCUCUGUCUCUGUCUCUCUCUCUCUCUCUCUUUCUCCUCUCUUUCUCAAGUUUUCUAUCUCCUCAGAAUCAGAACCACUGGAGGAAAACAUCUACUUCUGCUUGCUGUUCAGCUUCUCAAACAAGGAAGAUGAAGACAAAACUGAACACCGGCAAUGUACGGUCUCUGCUGCUUGUUUUCCUGGUGUGGGACCCAGCCAGGUUGGUGCUGGCUAACAUCCAAGAAGAUGAGGCUAAAAAUAACAUUACCAUCUUUACAAGAAUACUAGACAGACUUCUGGAUGGUUACGAUAAUCGGCUUAGACCAGGACUGGGAGAUAGUAUUACUGAAGUCUUCACUAACAUCUACGUGACCAGUUUUGGCCCUGUCUCAGAUACAGAUAUGGAAUAUACAAUAGAUGUUUUCUUUCGACAAAAAUGGAAAGAUGAGCGUUUAAAAUUUAAAGGUCCUAUGAAUAUCCUUCGACUUAACAAUUUAAUGGCUAGCAAAAUCUGGACCCCAGAUACUUUCUUUCACAAUGGGAAAAAGUCAGUGGCUCAUAACAUGACAAUGCCAAACAAGCUGCUUCGAAUCCAGGAUGAUGGGACACUGCUCUACACCAUGAGGCUUACAGUUCAAGCUGAAUGCCCAAUGCACUUGGAGGAUUUUCCAAUGGAUGCUCACUCGUGCCCACUGAAAUUUGGAAGCUAUGCAUACACAACCUCAGAAGUCACUUAUAUUUGGACUUAUAAUGCUUCUGACUCCGUUCAGGUUGCUCCUGAUGGGUCUAGGUUAAAUCAGUAUGAUUUGCUGGGUCAGUCAAUUGGGAAGGAGACAAUUAAAUCCAGCACAGGUGAAUAUACUGUAAUGACAGCUCAUUUCCACUUGAAAAGAAAAAUUGGGUAUUUUGUGAUUCAGACCUAUCUGCCUUGCAUCAUGACUGUCAUUCUCUCCCAAGUGUCAUUCUGGCUUAACAGAGAAUCUGUGCCUGCAAGAACUGUGUUUGGAGUGACAACUGUUCUAACAAUGACAACACUGAGCAUCAGCGCUCGAAAUUCUCUCCCCAAAGUGGCUUAUGCUACUGCCAUGGACUGGUUUAUUGCUGUUUGUUACGCUUUUGUGUUUUCUGCCCUAAUUGAAUUUGCAACUGUUAAUUACUUCACCAAAAGAGGAUGGGCUUGGGAUGGGAAGAGUGUAGUAAAUGACAAGAAAAAAGAGAAAGGUUCCGUCAUGAUACAGAACAAUGCCUAUGCGGUGGCUGUUGCCAACUACGCCCCAAAUCUUUCCAAAGAUCCUGUUCUCUCCACCAUCUCUAAAAGUGCAACGACACCAGAACCCAACAAGAAGCCAGAAAACAAGCCGGCUGAAGCCAAGAAAACCUUCAACAGUGUCAGCAAAAUUGACAGAAUGUCUAGAAUAGUUUUCCCAGUUCUGUUUGGUACAUUUAACUUAGUUUAUUGGGCUACCUACUUAAACAGGGAGCCUGUAUUAGGGGUCAGUCCAUGAGUCUAGACAUCGGUUACUUUUGGGCUAUAGCAACAUUACACAGGAUUUAUUUUGCUAUGUACAGUCUGACUAAUAACUGCUAAUUUAUGUCCCAAUAUGUACAGUAUGUAUAUAGUGGUAGAGCUUAUCAGUAGACCUCCUAAGGGGACCUGCAUUUGCUAACUCAUGGAAAUACAGGCAGAAAACAUCCCUUGCCAAAAGAACUGUUGCCUUUUAAAAGCGAUUUACCUUGGGAUCUAGUUUAAAGGGGAUUUCAGGUAAUGCAAUUUAUUUUCUAAUGUUCUAAUUAUGAUAAAAGUUGAGAUCCAGUGUCACCCUUUGUGAAACCUUUGAAAUAGAUAUUACAUAGGAAAAAUAUACUGUUACCUAUUGAUGAUCAGAGAUUAACAUUGUCACCACAUAUGAGUUCUGACUAUCUGAACAUCUGCACCUCUGAUCUGUUCCCUUCAGGAGUAUUCAGAACCCCUGCUAGUGUAAUGGAAUCUUGACACACAUAAGGAGAAAGCUAGAGAUGCGAAAGCAGCUUUUCAUUACUAUGUAGAAUAUCUAUAGCCAUGUGCAUAUUACAAGCAUGACAAACUCACGUAACUAUGAAUCACAAUGACAGGAUGUUGAUUAUGCUGAAAUUUAAUAAUUAAUGGAAUGUCACGGCCGUUACAUUUUUAUCUUCAGAGUUUAUUUGAACAUAGUAACUGAAACCUAAAGCGCACUACAAUCGUAGAUAACUACCUAACAUGAUAAAAAAGAAGAUAUGUGGACUUAGUUUUUUCAGGAUGUGUUGUCAGCUGAUUUUUUUCUGGUGCUGGAGAGUGGGAGAAAGCAGCCAUGGUGGCUGCGAUGGAGCAAAGUUCCUUCAUCUCAGAUUAGAAAGUUGUGCCAAAAACUCCAAGCGAUGAGAAUUCAUAUGUGUCCCAGGUCCAGAUGCGCACUUAUAUGAUUCUCUGCUUUCCUGUUUACUGCAAAUUCUGCCUUAAGGCUUCUUCUCACUGGGACUCAGAAGCCACUAAUCAUAAAGGAAAGGGCAGUUCAUUGGCACAUUUUUCUGUCUGGAAAGCAGCUCUUUCGGAUAAGAAUUAAUAUAAAUCUGCUUUUGUAAAUUGCAACUUUAAAUUUCAUUGACUCGAAUUUACAGCAGCUUUGUAUACCAGAAGAGGUUUUGGUAAGAGUUGAACAUUUUUAAAUCACAACUUUAAAACAUCAUCAACAGAUUACGGAUUAUGUCACAUCACACACACACACACACACACACACACACACACACACACCACGUAGCUAAAUUAGAAAAUAAAAACAUGAUUUUCAAUUUUAUAUAACUACUGAUUGUUAAUGGGUAAAAUUUAUUUCUUCUUUUAGUAUUUAAAGAUAUUAUUUAUGCCCUGGGAAUAUGCUAAAGUUAAAUGUGUUUCUGUCAAAACCAAAUUACCUUUGACUGAUAUGUACAUUAGCAGUUAUUAGUUGACUUUGAAAAUUAAGCGCAACUUCAUGAUGAUGUUUUUGUAGAAACCUAAGUAGUCAAAUAGUGGCAUUUCUUGCGAUUUUGUACAGUAUUUGAGUAUAGUGCAAAACAGGUCUGUUCACAAAAUCAAUAAAAGGGGCAUCUUCUGGAAAUAAGCAAACUCAAAAAAAUCUGCUGUUCUUUUGCUUCUUUCAAAUUUUUGAUUUUCUUUUCUAGUGAAGUUCUGUUACGUGGUUUGCAUGAUUGUAUUAAUACUAGGGCCACAGCUGCAUCUUCGUAACGAAACUCGCUACAAAGACAGCCUUGACGAUAAAAACUUCCUCAAGCAAAGUAAUUCAUUAACCGUAAUAAAAUUAUUACAUGAGCCAAUGAAUGUAUUUUGUUAAUUCCCUUCCAGUUACAUCUUCUCUACCAUCUAAAUAAUUUUAAAAUGUGAGUAUCAUCCAUCCAAUGAAAUAAAAGAAAGAUACCCUCUUUUCUUAAAUACCUAUAUGCUGAAACAUCUCUUGUGGAAAACAUAGGGAUGGUUGUAGCUGUGUGUGACAGAACGUGUUAUUUGAAGAAAAGUUGCAAGAUUCUUUUUGUAGUGUGUGUUACCAGUACUUUAAGAACAAUUUCGGUGGCUGUGGAGAGCUUGCAGGUUAAGAGUAAAGACUUCCCUUGCAGAAACUUGACUUCAAUUCCCAGCACCCACACAGUGGCUCACAAGUGCCUGUGACUCUUGCUCCAGGAGGUCUGAUACUCUAUGCAAGAAGCCAUGGGGACACUUAGAUAUAUCUACACAUACCCCAUCCCACAUAAUUAAAAAAUGAAAAUGAAGAGUUGAAAUUCCUGCCAUGCCCCUUUACUCUCUGAUUAUAAGUUCUAUAUUAUUAUAAAUAUGUACAUAUGUAAAACUAGAUCUAAAUAAUUUUCCGCAGGUAAUCAGAAAAGAUCCUUCUGCUGUGAUUAUGUUGGUGGCAGAACAUUGCUAGUUUUUUUUUUUUUUAUUGCGGAUGGAAUAGAAAACAUCAUCAUUGACAUCCUUUGAAAUAACAGAAUUGGAUUUUUUUCAUUUUAGUCAUGAAAAUCAUAUUUGAGUCUAAUCAGAAGAUAUUUAACAUAUAUUAAUAUUUGUUCAUUUGACUCAACAAAUGGCAGGUUAAUUAUGCUGUAAUGUUUAUAAAGACAUAGACAGUUGUGGUGUGUGAAGAAUGUACUUUUAAAGAGAGCCAUAAGCACAUUAUACAACAGUUUCUCCAGAUGUAUCUUCUUUUUACUUUACUAUUGUAACACUCCCUAAGUCUAGUAUAAACAUCACUUAUAUUUCUCCACAGACUCCAGUGAUGAUUGGAUUCUUUUCCUUAUAAAUAGCUAAAGGCUUCUAUGAACCUAUGAAUUAAAUUAUAGAUAAAUUACUAAGAAUUUAUCAACUAUAUACCUACUAUGCUAAAAUGUGGACUGUUUUUCUUUUUUCUCCUACUUUCUUUAACAAAAAAUAUGGAAAUAAGGUAAACAUACAAUACCCAUUGAUUUUUAGAUGGCAAUCUGAAUAUUUCAAGAUAUUUUCAGGGAUGUAUUGCAAAUUCUCACAAGUUUUGAUGCAUGAACUUUUGGACAAUAUUUCUAAAACAUUCCCUUAAAUAGUUCACAUUUUGUUAAAAUUAACCAAAAGUAAACAUUUUCUUUGACUAAUAAGUUUCAUUUAGAUAGAGAUAUAUUAUAAUGUUUAUAUGGAGAGAGGUUUUUUCUCCUUAUUU